AUGCAGCUCUCUCUGGCCAUCAUCGCCGCCAGCGCCGGUGCCGCUCUCGCAGCCCCCCAACUCGCCCCCCGCCAAAACGCCUGCUUCAUCGUAGGCAACACCGUCCUCCCCCAAGAAGUCUCCGACGCCGCCGCCUCCCUCGAGUCCAAAAUCACCUGCGACGCCUCCAAAAAGACCCUCUCCAACGUCCCCGACGUCUCCGCCGGCGGCGUCACCUUCUCCUCCAUCAACUUCGCCGACUCCUCCCAGACGCCCCUCGCCUUCGCCCUCGACAAGUUCGCCACCACCGAACCCCUCGCCUCCAACGACCUCGCCAAGUUCCAGAACGAGCUGGACGCGUACGUCGCCACCGAGGCCGGGAUCAGGUCCGUGGGCGGGAACCUGGGGAUCAAGGUGCCCAAGUUCUUCCUGUCGAUGCAGGUUUCGAGGAUCCAGACGGCGCAGGGGAACCCGCCUGCGGCGGCGGGACAGCAGGUUGAUCACUUGCGGGAUAAGGUGCUGAAGAAUGCGCCCAAGGAGAGUAAGGCUUUGUUGGACCAGGUCACUGCCCUUGCUGCCAAGACGACCUAA